AUGACCAGGAUCCGCACCUUGUCCGCAGGCCGCCACCUGAUAAGCUGUGUGUGCAGGCCAUCCUGCUCUGCCGUCACCGCCGGGUUACGGGAUGACAGCGGCCCCCGCUCGUCCCUCCGCGUCCUGGACAUGACGGGUCUCCAAGAUGGCUCCAGCCCCGACCCCCGCAGCCUCACCCUGUGGUCCGGCACCGUCCUGUUAGCCAAGGCCUGUUUGGAGGCAUCCCAACCCCAAACCCAAUGCCGGGCCGCCAAGCGACCCAAGCCGUCCCCACGUCCCCCAGUAGAAAUCUACGUGGACCUGUUUGUCAACAGCACCUCGGCGGCCAUUUUGAAGGCCGCCCUUCGCUCCAAUGGGGCCCUACGUCUGCGCUGCCGCGACUUCCACGCGGAGGAGCUGUCACUAAACACAACCAUGGAGAUAUUGGGGGCCCUGGAGCCUGCGGGGCUGCGACGGGUCGAACUGAGAUUCAACAACCUGGGGCUGGUGGGGUUGUGUCGGGUCGUGCCUCUGUUGAGUCGCUUCCCCAACCUGGGCAGCCUGAAACUGCCCUACAGCAACGUGGACGUGAGGAGGUUGGGGCAAGAUGGCUGCCAAGAGCUGCCCAAGGCCUUGGGGCGGAUACGGGGGCUCAGGGAGCUCAACUUGGCCUCGUGUCGAUUGAGCGGGUGGAUACCGCUGUUAUUGGGGUCCCUCCAUGUCCCAUUACAAAGCCUGGAGCUCCCCUAUUGCCACCUGUGCCCCACAGAUCUGCAGUUCCUGUCCCACAGCCCCCACACAUCGACCCUAAAGAAGCUGGAUGUGAGCGGCCACGUCCUGCCCCCGUCCCUCCUGCCCCAUUUCCUCCAUCUCCUCCACGUUCUCUCCCCGACCCUACAACACCUGGAUGUGGGGCACUGCGGGAUCCGGGACCCACAAGUGCCGCCCCUAUUGACCCCAUUGAGGAGCUGUAGGGUCCUGUCCUACCUGGGACUCUAUGGGAACCCCAUGUCGGCCAAUGGGGUCAAGGUGCUGCUGGAGGGGACCCUCCCCAUAGCGACCCUAAAGAGGGUGGUGUAUCCCUGCCCCAUAGAUUUACAGCAAGAUCCCGAUGCUGACGAUGAAGCCCCAUUGUCGGCCCUACAGGACGAGCUGCGGGGGAUCCUCCGUGGGGCUGGGAGGGAUGAGGACACGUGGACCUGCAGCGUCCUACAGCAGGGGGGGGGGGACUUCUUUGGGAUGUAAUGGGG